AUGGGCCAACUGGUGUCUUUCAAUGGUGAUCGAGUCCACGAGUACCCGCCUAUAUACGGUGAAUCAUUUCGCUUUUUGCUUGUUUUACCCACCCGUACUUGAGUAUCAUGUGCAACAAGUGUUACUUUUGUUUUAUAGAGCAGCCUGUGUAAAGCUUUCGUUUUUUCAGUUCUUCUCUUAUGUUUGUUAUUAAUCACCUUUAGUAGUCGUACUUAUUGUAUUUUGUAUCGUGCACUUUGAGGUUUCUGGAUUAAUAUAACUUAUUAUUGUUUUAGAGGACCCGAUUGCUCAUAUGGAGUAUGCACAGGUAGUUGAGGAGAAGCUGGAUGUACCGGUGACACAGAAAAUAAGUGAAACGUCGUCAGACUGUUGCACUCAUUUCAAGCUCUCAUCAGCUGAUCUUAACAAGUCCCCGGAAGAUGUAUUUGAUGUGGUUAGUAAAGUCGGUGAAGGGUGAGAUUGCUAUUGGUUGCUAAUAUUUUCAUUUAGGUCUUACGGAUCGGUCCAUAAAGCCAUUCAUAAAGAUAGUGGGCAAGUGUUGGCUGUGAAGAAGGUACCCGUGGACACAGAUCUCCAAGAAAUCAUUAAGGAAAUCACAAUUAUGCAAGAAUGUAACAGUCCUUUCGUUGUCAAAUACUUUGGAUCCUACUUUAAGAACUCUGAUUUAUGGGUAUGGCUUUUCAAUGAUUGUUUUAUGAUUAUUCUUUUUAGAUUGUCAUGGAAUAUUGUGGUGCCGGUUCCAUCUCGGAUAUAAUGAGACUUCGGAGGAGAACCCUAACUGAGGAUGAAGUGUGUGCUGUCCUAAAGGAUACUAUUAAAGGUCUCAGCUACCUUCACAGUCUCAAGAAGAUCCAUCGGGACAUCAAGGCGGGGAAUAUUCUUUUGAACAUGGACGGGAAUGCAAAAUUAGCUGACUUUGGAGUGGCUGGCCAGUUGACUGAUACCAUGGCGAAGAGGAAUACUGUAAUUGGAACACCUUUUUGGAUGGCACCGGAGUUGAUCCAAGAAAUUGGAUACGACACAAAGGCCGAUAUUUGGUCCCUGGGAAUUACGGCGAUUGAGAUGGCCGAAGGAAGACCUCCACAUGCGGAAAUUCAUCCGAUGAGGGUAGGCGAUUACAUUAGUAAUGUUUACUCAUGUUUAGGCAAUUUUCAUGAUUCCAACGAAACCCCCACCAAUGUUGAAAAAUCCGGAGGAAUGGUCCCCAUUAUUCAAUGACUUCAUUGCUCAGUGUCUUGUCAAAAAUCCGGAAGAACGGACAGUCGCAGAGAAGCUGCUAAAUCACGAGUUUAUUCUUAAUUCUAAAGGCCCUGAGGCAGUUAAGGGUAUGAUCGCUGAUGCCCAGGAUGUUGCUGCUCAAUGUCUGCUUCAAGACUCGGUAAGCUGGAAAGUUGCCCAAUAAUGUUAUUUUUUGCAGAAGAAUGCGCUCACAGAAUAUUCCCUUCAAAGCGAUUCGUCUUCUACUUUAAUUAAGUCACCAGAUACCAUAAAGAGCUAUCAAAAUACGGGUCUCGAUUUUGGAGACAGCACUCUCAUUCAGCACAAAACUGUUGAUAGUAGGCAAUAUACUUUAUUUUUAUAUUGGUUUAGGCCGAAGUGACGAUUUCUUCACGGCUUCCCAAAAAUACGAAUCUCUAAACAAUGCUUUUGCCAACGAAUUGAAUGUCUCUGAUACCAAACCUUCUCUUCCCCCUUAUGAAAGUGCUCAAAACAACCUGAAACCUCAACACAAAAGUGACCAGUAUCAUCAUACAGUAACCAAUUUAAUACGCAAAUCGUUAAAUGAUCCAGACCCGGAUUAUAGAUAUGUAAGUACAAUAAAAAUUAUAAGGUUUGACAGGUAUGAGACCUUUAUUUAUGAUUUUAGUUAGCGGAAUUGAGUACUGAUGAGUUGUUACGACAAAAACAAAUGCUGGAUAAGGAGAUGGAUGCUGAAUUAGAGGCCCUCCAGGCACGGUAUCAUGCAAAACGAAAGGCGAUUUUGGAUGCCAUCACGCAGAAAAAGAAUGGAACCGUCAAAUUUUAA